UCAAGACUUAUUUUUGCCCUUUAUAUUUUUUAAAACGACUAUUAAGUUAGUUUAAAAUAAUCUCCAUUUUAUUGCCUUUCAAAGUUACAGACAAGACUGCAAUAAUUUUUUAAGUGCUGCACUCCCAUGGUCCCAUUGAUGGCAGCCUUUAUGCUAAAGUGAGGGAAAAAAAGCUCCUCUGAUGCCAGCAUUCCAAGCAGAAUCAAAGGUGUUGCAAGUAAUAACUCUGAUCAUAGUGAUCAUACCCUAUCUGUGAGUAGUGAUUCAGGACCAUUCUACAGCUUCUGUAAGGACAGAAAAAACUGAGGAACAACCUCCAGUAGUAAAAACCAAUCUUGAGUCUCCGGGAGAAGGAAGAACUUGAUCACUUGCUUAGUGGAUUUGGUCUAGACAACUCAAUCAUCUGUUCAUGGAUAUGACUGAUGCCCAAAGCAAUAUAGUGGGACUCAGCAUACAGUGCCAGCCCAAGUUCAUGUUAAUGGAGAUGACAAACCCAAGGAAAGAGAGACAGAUAUUCUAGAUGAUGAGAUGCCCACUUAUGAUCUUCACAGUGUGGAUAGUAUUGGAACAUUGUCUUCCUCUGAAGGUCAGCAGGCUAACCAGCUUGGGAAUUUGAGCUGCCAUAAGAGUUGUCAGAAUUCCCUCCUGUCAGAUGGCUUUGGAAGUAAUAUUGGAGAAGAACAUCAUAACAUUCUGACUGCAGAUCUGGGAAUUAAUGUUGACUCUGUGUAUGAAAGGCCCUUUGGAAGGACUAAUACAAAAAGUUGUCAACAGCUGACAAAGAAUCCUCCAGUUUCCACCCAUCCAUCCUAUAGCGUCAGUAGCUAUUCAACUCAGACAUGGGUGCGCCAACAGCAAAUGGCAAUUGCUAAUCAGUAUAUCAGUUCUCCAGAGAAUGAAAUUGGAUUUGGUAUUCAUAACAUAGUUGCAAAUGUGGGAAACCUGGAAAAUCAAGCCAGAGUUCCAAAUACAUUUCUCCAAAGUUCCAGCAGUAGGAGUGAGGUCCAGAGGAGGCUUGGGAGUAUACCAUCUUCUAGUAAUGUGGUUGAAAAAUUUGAACCAGAGGUUUAUAAAUUAAGAUUACUCUCUGAAAAAAGUGUAAAUAAUAAUGAAUUGAAACAGAAUACAAGUAGCAGUGCUGGAGUUUUGCCAUCUUCACCAACUUUGGAUAUUGAUCAGUCAAUUGAACAGCUAAACAGACUAAUCUUGGACUUGGACCCCAACAUUUGAGCCUAUUCCUAACCGCAUUGGUGUUGUCACAGAGAUUCCGAUCAGCUGGAUGGCUUUGUCCGUCCUCAAAGAGAUGAAGAAAGGCUUGGGAGGGGCUCUAGGAUCCAUGUGAAAACUGAGGUCAUUACCAAAAACUCAUCCCAGCAGGGUUUUCAAGAUGAUGGCAUAUUAAAUGGGAAAAACAAGAAGUUAAAUCCUGAAUCUUAUGACAAUGAUAUUGCAACACAACCAAUAUGCAGAAAGUAUAGAUGGAAAAAAUCUGAUGUCCUUGACCAUUCUUUAGGACAGGACUUCUUUGCCUCUGCAAUAAAAGCCAAAGAGAUGAGUGGUGUAAGUUACCUGGAAAACCCAAAUGAAGGAGAUGGAAGCAUUUUCUCACCCAGCAAAAACGCAACAGUUCUACUAACUCCAGCAUUUCCUGUAUCACCAGAGACUCCCUAUGAACCCCGAGGUUACAUAGAAGAUCUUAAUCACUCCACUGUGAUAUCUGACAGUUCAAGAACUCCAAAUCCAUCCUUGUUGCAGGCUGGCAUAGAAUCAGUUCCUUCUCAUCACCAGCCUUUUGCGGCUACAUGUUCAGUUUCAAAUGAUACCACUGUUCCAAGAAAAGAGAGUUCAACAGAUGAACAUAUUUGGCAUCCAAACAAUUUUCAGCCUUCCUUGAUGCCUCAAUUUCCAGAAAUGAGUAACAUCAAUGUAGGAAGUUACCUCAUGUCUCCAGAUCUUUCUGUUCCUGAGCAAAAUGAUUUAUACUUCCAGACAAAAGGACUUCAGCCUCGGACAUUUAACAAUCUAGCAAAUAUAACAGCUGUGCCACAACAGGACCUUACAGCUUGUGAUCGCAUCCAAACUUUUCAGAAUUAUGAUGAGACCGUUUCUAACAGUAACCAGUUAGUGGAAGAAAAAAACCUUUCUUUUAUGGCAAAUGCUGAUAGGUCUCCCAAAAUAAUGAAAUCUAUGGUGGACAGUAGUUUUUUGCCACAAACCUCCCUUGUAUCAUCUUCUGGAUAUACUAAUCAGCAAAUCCAGGGAUUGCAAAUGUAUCCACAAACUCCUAUUCCUGAGAAGAAAAUGAUUUCUGAGGCAGAACAUUCUUUUGGCUAUGCCACGCCUUCUUCAAGUGGUUUCUCCAGUCCACAUAGUGGAAGCACUAUCAGCAUUCCAUUUCCAAAUGUUCUUCCAGAUUUCUCUAAAGUUGGAAACACACCACCAGUGAUCGAAAAUAAGGGUGAUCAACAUGUAACUGUAAACUUUGUCCAAGAUACUUCCAAAUUUUGGUAUAAACCAGAGAUUUCCAGAGAACAAGCUAUUGCUGUCCUCAAGGACAAGGAAGCUGGGUCAUUCAUUGUUCGUGACAGUCAUUCCUUCAAAGGUGCCUAUGGUUUGGCCAUGAAGGUUGCUAUACCUCCUCCUUCAACAUUACAGUUAAACAAAAAAGUUGGAGAUAUUUCCAGUGAACUUGUGAGGCAUUUUCUGAUUGAGUGUACCCACAAAGGAGUAAGAUUGAAAGGAUGUCCUAAUGAGCCCUAUUUUGGAAGUUUGACAGCUUUAGUGUAUCAACAUUCCAUUACCCCUCUGGCAUUGCCUUGCAAGCUACUCAUCCCAGACCAAGAUCCUCUGGAAGAGAUUACUGAAACCUACACACAAACGGCUGCAAAUUCAGCUGCAGAGCUUUUGAAACAAGGGGCAGCCUGCAACGUUUGCUACCUGAAUUCUGUUGAGAUGGAAUCUCUAACAGGUCAUCAAGCUGUGCAGAAAGCUUUGACCUUAACUUUAGCUCAAGAGCCUCCUCCCACCUCCACUGUGGUGCAUUUCAAAGUGUCUGCACAAGGUAUCACAUUGACAGACAAUCAGAGAAAGCUUUUUUUCAGAAGGCAUUAUCCAGUCAAUAGUGUUAUUUUUUGUGCUUUGGAUCCACAAGACAGAAAAUGGAUUAAAGAUGGCCUGUCAGCAAAAGUAUUUGGCUUUGUUGCAAGGAAACAAGGUAGUGCAACUGAUAACGUUUGCCACCUGUUUGCAGAGCAUGAUCCAGAACAGCCUGCCAGUGCUAUUGUAAACUUUGUAUCAAAAGUCAUGAUUGGUUCCCCGAAAAACUGAAGGCCUCCUGUUUUACUGAUCUGUUGGACUUGUAAGCAGAAAGCAUAUUUUCAGAUGAAAGCUGUGUGGCCCUCAGCAGUUCUUCUAGUGGACAUUCCAUCUGUAAAAUAAGAUAAAAGGAUUCAUUUUAUAUUUCAGUAAUAUCACCUGACCAUUUAAACUUCUGACAUCAAACUAGGAUUAAGUAAAUAAGGGAAUAGGAAGUUUGUAAGAUCCUGAGUACCCAAUUCUGACCAAUUUUUUUUUUUAAAAUCUAAAGCAUUACAAAGUUGAGAAAAUUGAAAUGAGCUUUUCUGGUUUUUAACUUGGGAUGGGGUGGGAUGAGGGAGAGUGGGCAUUCCCCUCUUUGGGCAUGUUGUUUUUAUGUGGAAUUUUUGCUGGAAUUUUGUAAAGUUAUGAGAGCAGAAAUUUGUAUGAGAAAAAUCUCAAAGAUCUCUCAGUUGUAAUGAAGGAAUAGGAUUAGGGACUGGAAGUGGAAGAUAUAAAGACUUGCAAGUUUAUUAUUAUCUUUCCUUAAUUCUUCCUUGCAAAUUCCCAGUUUGGGACACUUUUAAAAAGUUUUUGUUCCCUUGAGUAGGUUCAGAAGUCACAUGCUACUGUUCUGAGCACAUUUGUAGUGAACAGUGGGUUCUUAAGCGAUUAUAUAAAAUUGUUCUUUUCUUUUGUUUUGAGAUCCUUUGUUGCAAGUGCCCACUUUCAGUAAACAUUUGCUUUUGCAUAGAUUUUUGCUUUGGUCCUAGCAAAUUCCUAGAUUUCUUCUCUUCAUAUUAAUAUUAGAGUGAUGAACAUCAAAAUUAUAAUGGAAAAGUGUAUGUAGGAAAUUGGGGCAAGUUUAUUUUGGAUGGUGUAAAGAAAAAGAAAAAGGAGGCUUGUCUAGUACAUAUAUUGUAAGAAAAAUUGUAUAUUUGUUGAAUGAUAAAUGGAUAAUUAGGGGGAUGUUUAAAAGAGGAUAAAGUGAUUCAGAAAUUUUAUGAGGAAUUUUAAGAAAAGCCUUUAAUGAUAGCGUAUAAAAAUGAAGGCUUCAUUACCUUAUGUGGAAUCUUCCAUCUGGACUUGGGAGGGACUAGUCCAUACAAUAUACAGAUUUCCUGUGCACAAUGCUAGCUAUUUGAUUGAUUGUGUAUGCUGUUUCUGCUGUACCUUACCCCUGCUGUUAUAUAUUGGCCUAUUUCUGGGGUGUCUGUAAAUUAUCAGAACCUGUUUAGUGUGGGCGAUCCCUGCUAAGCUACCUCUCUGGUGCUUAGUGAAUGCUAUGAUCCGUGCUUCAGUGCUAUCUUAGUCCUUUCCAGCCACUGGUAGAAUUUCUCGAUGUCUGUCACAUCAGUGUCUGUCCUAUGCAGAGUUUUGCCUUUCUGUAGCAUUUUGUCUGGUUGAUCUUCCUCCUAUGUUUGCCUCAGGCCUUCUGUCAACAGCUCAUUUUUGGAUAUCAUAUUACUGAUGUACUCCUAGGUAUUCUGGACAGUUUUGAUAUUGACGAGACAUGUUUUGCCUUCUGGGUGUUGGACUUUGGAUGGAAACCUCCAUACCUUGUGAGGAGUUUCUGGGUCAUCACAUUGGCAGCAGUCUGCUUUGGCCAGCUCACGAUAUCAGCAAUAUUACAUAUAUUAUUAGCUUGUGACAAAUUAUUUAUAGUGUAAAACAGAUUUGGGUCUGUUGAAUAAAUGUUUUAUUUCUAUAUACUUAAAUGGGGUUUGUCAUAUAAACACACAAACACUAUUUUUUAAAAUAGGAUAUUUCUGCCAGACCACUUUACACAAAACCAUUAUGUAAUUUUAUCAAUACACAGAAUAUUUUGUUCAUGUCUGAGGGGAGGAAGCAGUGUUUCAUAUUCUGGCUUUAAGAAUAACCACACAUCUUUUUAGAGAACAAACCGUGCAUAUUUUUUAUGUUUCAAGAAACAAUAAAAAACUUCAUCAUUAUAUUCUGAAAAUGAAUUUUUACUAAUAUUUAAAAAAAAUUAAAAAAAUCUUGAGUAAAUUUUAAAAUGGGAAAAGGAAGGAAAUCUUAUUUUGGGUCCACUUAUCAUAUUUUGAUAAAUGACAUACUCUGAUUUGACAAUCUAACAUACAUAUCAUGUGACCAAAUAUCACAAAACAGAAUAUUACUAUAUUUUUGUAUGGAUUGUGGUGAUUGUUAUAGUCUGCUUAUAGAGUAUAUACUUGUAUAUAGCCCAAUGAUACCAGAAAUUAUUUGUAAUGAUUGUGUUCCCAUAUGUGAAUGUGUAUUUGCACAAUUGCUGAUGGUAUGCAUGUUUUCCAUUUCUUUGCACCGUAGUGGUAUAAUCUAGCCAUACAAGAAGGGGGGUUGGGGUGGGGGGUGAAAUAAGAAAUUUAAACAUCAGUAUUUCCAGUGGCUCUAAGGAAACUGGAUGCAAAUAGUGGACAUAAGAUGUCAGAAUUGCAGUUGUAAGAAGGAAAGAAAAGUAUCUUUUGUCUGUUCUCUGUCUGUUCUCUCUCCCCCUCCCCUCCUCACACUGUUGAGAAUAGGUGUAGAAUUUUUCUUCUGGGCAGAUAAAUUAUCCAGUACUUAUUUAACGGGGUAAUGAAGUCUUAUAGAAAAAUUGGGUGCAAUUUCAUAAGCAGCAUAUGGUAUUCUUGCAUUAUUUCCCAAGUAUCAGAGAGGUUUGAAUGAUUUGAGUAAUGUGUUCACCCAUUUUCUCAUUAAUUUUCAGUCUUUCUAGCUUCUUAUGUUUCCAUUAAAUUCCAAGGAUAUUUUAGUAGUUGCUAUUGCCGCUUCUAAUCAGGAAUCAUUGCUUUACAGAGAUAGUUGGAAAAUUUCUCCUUCAUUUGGAAAAGUAGUUGUCAUAUAUCCACAAUUUUAAUGGAAAAUGUUUAUGCCCCAUAUUAUUAUAUGUCUCAUACCGAGAGAUACAUAAGCGAUUACAUUCACAUAUGAAUAUUUGUUUAAAGUGCUGAUUAACUGCAGUGACUAAUCAGACUGCAAUAAAAUGUGUUUUGGAUUCUACAGAUGUUAAAUCUGUUUUCUAUAAUUUGCUGCAUAAAUAAUAGAAUCUGAGAAACUACAGAUUCAAGGUCAACUAAUUGUAAUCUACAGAUUGUCCUUGAAUAACUGAUGGGCAUUAACAGAAACAGGCAUUUUUGAAUGAAACUUAAUAUUUUAAUAAGCAUCAUACACAUCAAAACCAUCUUCCAAUAAAUGAACAAAUAAUUAUAUUGGUUAUUAUACAGGUUCUCUCUGUUUGCCACACCUACACAUUUUCUUUAAAACAACUGAUGGAAAAUUGAUACUUUUUAAAAAAAUAUUUCAUAUGGAUAGAUUAAGAGGUAACAAAAAUGAACUUGUAACAAAAUACAACAAUGGUCCAAAAUUUUGAUAAUUGUUCAAAUUUCACAAAUAUUGUAUGUUUUUACUUUAUGGACUAUGUUAAAUAUUAAAAUAUUUAUGUCACCAAACAACUGAUAAUAUCAGGUGUUUGAAAUCAUGACAGGAAUAAACAGUGGAGAAUAAGGAAAUAGUUCAGGAUUUGAAAGAAAUGUCUUUGAUCUAUAUUUUACUCAAGGUCUUUUCUACUUAUAAAUUGCUCAUUGCAUAUUACUGAAAG